AUGGGAUCGGCGGCGGCAGACACGGAGGGCGGCGGUGGCGCCGAGGCGGCGGCGGUGACGACGGCCAUGGCGACGUGCGCGUGCUGCGGCAUCGCCGAGGAGUGCACGGCGCGCUACGUGGCCCGGGUGGCCGCGCAGUUCGGCGGGGCGUGGGUGUGCGGCCUGUGCGCGGAGGCCAUCAAGGACGAGGCAGCGCGCCGGGGCGUCGGGCUGGAGGACGCCGCGCGCGCGCACGCCGAGUUCGUCGGGAGAGCGGCGGGCGCGGCGAGGUCCGGAACCUCCCCGCAGGUCGCGCAGGCCCUGCUCCAGCUGCUCAAGAGGUUGCUAGCCGCCGCGCCUGGCGCCGCCGUUCUGCCGCGUGCCGCGCCGCCGGCGGCACAUGACCUGGGCGUGUAG